AUGGCCAGUGCUGAUCUUUUGCUAGUUGCCGCGGAUGGCAAGAAGCUAGCAGCUCAUGAAUGUAUUCUUCGCUCGCGUGCCCCUGGGUUCUAUCAAAGGCAUGUCGAAGCGACUAUUAAUGCAAUGGGACCACGUCAAGAAGGAAAAUUGCGUGAAGUUGCAAUUGGUGAUAUUGAUUCGGUUGGCUUGGAAUUUUUCAUUCAUUCGGUGUACACUGAGGAUGAGAUUGCUCAAAUGCCCCUUUUAUCACAUGCCGCCGUUGCGAAUUUGAUCUCAUCCACCUGCGCCACAACUAAUCCGCUUGUCAUGAAGCCACAUAGCGCCUAA